AGUACGCUAACCGUGAGAAUUUAAAUCCAAAAUCAUUGAUGUGGUUUUGAAAAAUAUUUGUAAGCUUUAUUGUUUAUCUAUAUUCUUUGAGACGAAAUCAACGUUUGAAUAUAUUCAUGAAAAUUUCCUUUUGUAACAUAAAUAGAGCGAGAAUAUGUGAUCGAAGAGGGGCUUUUCAACGAAUUUAUUAUCAAGCUGUGCAGUCGUAUAUACGUGGUGGGGAAUUGAAUCAUUUGUAUAGUGAACAAGUUGUGACUACCAUCCACAACUACAGCAAUGUCAAAGUCAACUAGCGGUAAACGUAAAGGCAAGGGGAAAGGAAAGAAAGGCCAAACUAAAGAUCCUAUGAAUGAUGCUUUAGAGAAAGCACAAAAUAAUGUUAAAAAUUUGAAAGAAGAAAUCAACACUAAGAUAUUCAUUGCUGAAAAUGCAGAAAAUCGUUGUUAUCAGGCUCGUUUAGACAAAUUGAAAUCAGUUGAAGUCUAUGAAGAGAUUAAAGCAUCAACACAAGAUCAUACAGCCUAUUUAAUAACACAGAAUGAAAUGAAAGUUACCAAUUUACAGGAUGAAAUUGAAACAUUGAAUACAAAAUUAAAUGAAGCAAAUCAAUUGAUAGAAUUAAAGGAUACUCAACUGGAGAGUUUACGUCAAGAAUUUGAUAAAUGUAUGACUGAAAAAGAUCUGAAAAUCAGUAUGUUAGAACAGAAAUUACAAGAACAAAGUGCACUGUUUCGUGAUGUAAUGUUACAGGCAUUUAAUCAACUAAUUAAACAAUUACAAAUUGACUUUGAGAAUAUUCAUAAGAAUUUUUCAAUCUUUUCUCAGUCUACAAAUGACUUAGUGGAACUAGAAUUCCUGAAUCCUCCAUUUUUGGAUGAAGAAUCUGCUGAGUAUAUCUGAAAAUGUACAUAAAUUGAAUGCAUAUAUUCGCUUACAAUCAUGUAGAAACAUAUUAUCAUGAUUGGUGACUGCUUUUUAACAAUUUUUCGUAAUUAAAUUG